UGGUGACGGAUAGAAGUAGGGAUGGAGGCUUUCCUGAAUUAAAACCCUCUAAAUCCAAGGGAUGAGUACAUCAUUUUCAUAUCCCAGUUCUUCCGCUUGCAGGAUCAGACGGCGAUAAAUGGGAGAAGGGGUGGAUGCGGAGCAUCAGCAGCCAAAUCCGGAUACCGAAUCCACUGAAUUUACAGAAAAACCCUCCAAUGGCGCGUACUCUUGGCCACUGGUUCACUACGAUGCUCAUCCUUACAGAACAUACCAUUUCUUCAAGCAAUUCCGAACUGCUUCAUCAAACUCUAACAACUUUCUUAAAGGUGUCAAGUGGUCACCAGAUGGCUCUUGCUUCCUAACCUGCUGUGACGACAACACUCUCCAUGUUUUUACAUUGCCUUAUGAUGACAGCGUUAGCUAUGUAAAUACGUGCUCUUCAGCUCCAGCCGAAGAUUCAUAUGUGGCAAACCUUGUUGUACGUGAGGGAGAAUCUGUCUAUGAUUAUUGCUGGUACCCACACAUGUCUGGUUCAAAUCCAGAUUUAUGUGUGUUUGCAACUACUACUCGCGAUCAUCCUAUCCAUCUCUGGGAUGCUAACUCAGGGCAGCUACGCUGUACAUAUCGUGCCUAUGAUGCCAUGGAUGAGAUUACCACUGCCUUUUCAAUUGGAUUCAACCCUAGUGGAACUAAGUUGUUGAAAGAAACUGGGAUACGUACUCUUGUGUGCACUCUUCAAGACAUUGUCGAAAACUCAUUUGAUAUUUUUGAAGGUGUUGAACGGGUUAAGGUUGCUAAUCUAUCAUUAGAUGAGCCAGAGAUGGAGAGUGUGCGGUAUGGUGGUGAGAACGAAGAUCUGGUGGGUGCAACGAUGAUGUGCUUUCCAUGGUGCUAUGGUUGGUUGAGUGGUGUGGUGAUGCAUGUGUUGGUGGUAAGGUGUUGUGGUGCGGUGGAGAUGGAGGUGGAGGUGUGCGAUGUGGUGGUGGAAAUAGAGAGCUCAGGUGGGUAUGAUGGUAGUGUGGUGCUAUGGGUGCAUUGUGAUGGUGUAGUGAUUUUGCUUGCAGAUUCAUAUGUGGCAAACCUUGUUGUACGUGAGGGAGAAUCUGUCUAUGAUUAUUGCUGGUACCCACACAUGUCUGGUUCAAAUCCAGAUUUAUGUGUGUUUGCAACUACUACUCGCGAUCAUCCUAUCCAUCUCUGGGAUGCUAACUCAGGGCAGCUACGCUGUACAUAUCGUGCCUAUGAUGCCAUGGAUGAGAUUACCACUGCCUUUUCAAUUGGAUUCAACCCUAGUGGAACUAAGAUAUUCGCUGGGUACAAUAGCACUCUUAGAAUAUUUGAUGUUCAUCGUCCCGGUAGAGAUUUUGAGCAGCAUUCGACUCUUCAAGGAAACAAGGAAGGGCAAUCAGGUAUUAUAUCGUCAAUCGCUUUUUCCCCCACUCACUCUGGAGUGCUAGCCACAGGUUCCUACAGCCAAACUACUGCAGUAUAUAGAGAAGAUAACAUGGAACCAUUAUAUGUCCUACAUGGUCAAGAAGGUGGGGUUACACAUGUUCAGUUUUCAAAAGAUGGCAACUAUCUGUAUACUGGAGGACGGAAGGAUCCUUAUAUAUUGUGCUGGGAUAUUCGCAAUACUGUUGAUAUUGUCUACAAGCUCUACAGAUCAUCUAAAGAUACCAAUCAGAGGAUACAUUUUGAUAUUGAGCCUCUGGGUCGAUACCUUGGAACUGGUGGCCAGGAUGGUCUUGUUCACAUCUAUGACCUUCAAACGGGACAGUGGGUAUCAAGCUUUCAAGCUGCGUUAGACACAGUAAAUGGUUUUGCUUUCCAUCCCUUCCUCCCAGUGGCAGCAACUUCAUCAGGACACCGGCGAUUUGGAGGUCUUGAUGACUUUCAAGAGAAAAUGGACCUGAGUGGUGAUGAAAACUGUGUGACAGCAUGGAGCUUCUCCUGUUCUUCAACGUUGGAUGCAUCAUCAAUUGUUGAAUCUGGAAACUGAUUCUUACAGUCAUACAGUGAGAACCUCUGGCAUGAUCUUUGACUUGUAUGUUGUCUUAACGAAUGCCAAUUGUAUUGUGACUCUCCAAUAUUAGUGUUUGAACACUGAAUCUAUGACUACGAAGUGGAACAUAACUAGUUUUGGCAUGCAUUGUUUUUAGAGUAAUGUGGUUCCACAUUUUUUGAGCCAGUUAAUUGUUAUCUACCAUUUGUUUUCAUGGUUUCUGAGUUAUUGUUUUCUGAUGUAUGGCACACGUUUAUAAUAUGCAAUGAGGUCCAUUUUCUGUGA